AUGACAGUGUAUUGUGAUACGUGUAACAAAAGUUACAAAAGUAUGAGAAGUUUAAAGCGACACAUAAAAGAAAAACAUUCUGGAAUAGAAUAUUUUGCGUGUACAGAAUAUAAUUGUUCAUCACGUUUUAUAAGAAGAAACUAUCUUAGUAAGCAUCUAAUUUUGAAACAUAAAUUCCAGUCAAGUAAAGCCAAAGAAACAGCAAUUAAUGUUCCUAGAGGAGAUAAAGAGAAACAGCAUAGUGGUGCUUACUAUGAGGACAUAAGUGAGGACGAAAGCAUAUUUAGCCUUAUACAGGAAAUGGAAGGAAAUGGUGACAAUGUCAGCCUAGAAUAUGUAGGUGCUAUAUCAAAUUUCGACAUUUCGUUACUUCAAGAGCCGGUUAACAAGGAAGACGACACAAUCACGUACGAGAGUACUAUGAGUGAAGAAAUAAAUGAGAAUGUAGUGGAUAGUGUUGAAAAUGAAUGUGAAAAUAAAAGUGUGAAUGAUGAAAGUGAUAAAAAUGGAGUAAAGUGUGGUGAAAAGGAAAAUUGUGUAAAAAAUGAAAAAAGUGUGCUUUCUAGAGUGUUACAAAAUGAUUCAGAAUUGGAGCUGGAUUAUAAUGAUGUUAGUGAUUGUUCUAAUGAUGACGUCAUGGAAAAUGUUGAUGACGUCACGAGUACAUCUAAUUUAAAGUCAGCUGAUAUUAAUCAGGAUAAAAUUUAUGACGUCAUUGAAAACGAUAAUGACGUCAUGGAAAAUGAUGAUGACGUCACGAACGAUGAUAACUCAAAAUAUGACGAAAAUAAUAACCAGACCAAUACGAUUUUCAUAUAUGAGGAUAUAAGCGAUACCGAAGUUGAUCAUUGGGAUGAAAUUAGUAAUGAUCAAUCUAUUGUGCCUUCCAACCUGCAAACAAGAGUGCAAACAUUAACCUUAACUUUCUGCAAAAUAUCUACCUAUAGCAAUGAAAUGGAAAUAGAUUCAUAUAUUUCUGCUAGUCAUGAUUACUCAGAAGACUGGUUUUAA